AGUGACCCGCCGGGCCCGACGAGGCGCGCUGCGCCGCGGCCAGGCCGAGCGCCGCCCCGGCCCUCCUUUUUGCUGGCGUGCUGAGGCGCCGGGGAAGAGAGUCCCUUAGAAGAACACAGCCCGCUCCGUCGCUGCCAGUUGCUCUCCAGCACUGCGCAGCGCCCUGCGAGUGCGAUCGGAGAGUGCCAGAACGCGCCCCGCAGCUUCUCGUUUAGCAGUGCGCGGUCAGCUUGCUUUUCAUUCCCCGUGUAAACAAUCCCUCCAGAAGCACUCCGCCCUCUUUAAAGGGCAGGAGGUGCCUUCGGGUCCUGCAGUGCUGCGUUGUUGUGUUGGUGUUUGAGACUGCGUGGCUUCUCUCGGGUUUAGAACAUGAGCUGCUGACGCAAACCUCCCUUCUCCCCCUUCACGCGUGGUAGCGAGGGAACUGUGGGACUGGUAGGACUUAAGGGAGCAGCUGAGUUCAAGGCUUUUUCAGUAGUCGUUAUAAAGUCAUUUUAGGACUUAAUGAAAUCUGGGGUGCUGUGUGUUGUCUUCUUUAAUUAAAAGGAGUAAUUUAUAGAUACUUGAGUAUCAAAAGAUUUAUGAAAUACUAGUUUAUCUGAAAUGGAAUUGUAUUAGUAGGCGAGUCUUUCUUUUCUGACUGGUAGUGCAGUGGUUUUAUUCAGGUCUUAUAAAUGAUGACUACGGCCUUUAGCUGGAUUCCAUCAAUGCAUGCACUCAUUGAAGCACUGUUCAAGCGUCCUUGUGUAGUUGGACACCACAUUUUUUUCCCCCAUCUACAUAUGGAAGAGCAGUUGAACAGAUUUGCUGGCUUUGGUAUUGGCCUUGCAAGUCUGUUUACAGAAAAUGUGUUGGCACAUCCUUGCAUUGUUCUACGUCGUCAAUGUCAGGUUAACUAUCAUGCACGGAAUUAUCAUCUCACGCCAUUUACAAUUGUCAAUAUCAUGUACUGCAUCAAUAAGACACAGGGUCCAAGAGCACUCUGGAAAGGAAUGGGCAGCACUUUCAUUGUUCAGGGCAUAACCCUGGGAACCGAAGGCAUCAUCAGUGAAUUUACACCUUUGCCAAGAGAGCUUUCACAUAAAUGGAACCUCAAGCAGAUAGGUGGGCACCUUUUACUCAAAGGGUUAACACAUGUGAUAGCAAUGCCUUUUUAUUCUGCAAGCCUGAUUGAAACUGUACAGAGUGAAAUAAUUCGUGACAAUCCUGGUAUCCUGGACUGCGUGAAAGAAGGAAUUGGCAGAGUUGUAGGCUUGGGAGUACCCCAUAGCAAGCGUCUCCUUCCCCUGAUGGUCCUCAUUUUUCCCACUGCUCUACACGGAGUUCUUCACUACGUCAUCAGUUCCAUCGUCCAGAAGCUUGUCUUGUUUGUUUUAAAAAGGGAUAAUUCCCACAACCUUCCAACUGAGAGCUCCACUUCUGUGCAGAGCAUGCUGGAUGCGUAUUUUCCAGAACUUAUUGCUAGCUUCGCUGCUAGCCUUUGUGCUGAUGUCAUGCUUUACCCACUGGAAACAGUUUUGCACCGCCUUCAUAUUCAAGGGACACGCACAAUAAUUGACAAUACAGACCUUGGCUAUGAAGUGCUUCCAAUCAAUACUCAGUAUGAGGGAAUGAAAGACUGCAUAAAUACUAUAAAACGCGAAGAAGGAGUGCAAGGUUUUUAUAAAGGAUUUGGAGCUGUUAUAGUACAGUAUACCUUGCAUGUGGCAGUUUUACAGCUUACCAAAAUUAUUUACUCAACACUGCUUCAAAAUGUUUCUUAAUCUGUCCAAGUCUGGAUCUAGCACAUUGGACAUGAUUGAAUUGCUAACUCAUUAUUGUUUAAAUGGCUUAGAAAAUGAACUUUGGGGAAUCCAUUCUGUGGAGUCUCCUUACACUGUAGAACAACUUGUUUUAAAAAUGGGGAUAUAGUUUCCGAAGUGUAAUUAAAAAAGAACUGUUUAAAAAUUACAGACACAAAUUGAGUAUGUCAUAUGCAGUCAUACAAAGGGGAUCAGAUUUCAAAUGUGAUUGCAUUGAGGAUUUCCUCUUACCAAUUCUCUGAUAUAAGGAAUGGAUAUGAAUUGUUAGUAUCUGCUUUAUAAGCAUCACAUCUGAUAUUUAAUAUGGACUGUUAGCCAGUUUAAAGGAAUUUAUUUUCUUAAGUUAUAAGAACUUGCAAGUAGGGGACUGAUGGCUUUACUGGUCUUUUAAAAAUGUUUCCAACUUCACUGUUAAUGGAACUGUGAGUAAAAUAGAAACCAUAAAAGUGGCUUAAGUAGACUUAAAUGUUUUUACAGGUACAUGGGAGAUGAAUUGUGCUGCAGUGUGGCAGAAAGUGACAAAUGGGAAUCUCUUGCUUUGUAUAAAAACAACAAAAAAAUGGGUGUGGGCAAAGUUGCAGCGAAUGCAGCUGUCUUGUGGUUUGUUUGCAAGGCUUACAAAAACUGUGUGAAUAAAGCAAAAUAGAAACUAAUAUGUGCAUGUGUAAGUGCCAUUUUUAGUUGACUUUCCACUGAUAACUUCAGGGUUUAGUUUUACUCUAAUGCUCCAUAUGAUAGUGUAAUAAUCAUAAAGAUCUGUGUAGUAGUCGUAGUAGUGGUGUUCAAAGUGUACAGAAAGCCUGAAGAACAAUUGGCUGUUCCUAGAGUUGCUCUUGUUAGAUUGGAGGGAUGUGUAUAAAAUUGCCUCCUAAGUUAUUUAGCACUGGUGUCUAUAUUUUAAAGUCUCUGCUAGUUUAAAUAUUUUGUGAAGCAGAGCUAAGUCUGUUUAUGUGCAAGGGAACCACAGAAAUGCAUAAUUUUUUGCCCUCUCUCCUUUCAGACUCAGCCUGAAAAUUAUUUUUAGUCAUUCUAAAUAACCUAGUCCUUGGUUUCAUCAGUAAAUUUGGGGGAUGGGGAAAUGUUUUUUGCAAAUAAAACAAGCAUGUGGAAAGUCACUUUU